CUGUCAUGGCUGACGAUGGACACGUACAUUGGCCUUAGUUGAAAGUAACAACAAAGUUCGACGCAGUAACGUUGAAAAAAUGACAUGAAAGAUUUUAUACGAGCUACGAUAGUGUAACAGAUAUCCAAAUUACUCAAACAAACAGUGAAAAUCAUUCAACUCUAGUUUAUGAUAUACAGAGCAACUCAACAAUUCACCAUUAUGUCAUUUGGGGUUCUUCUUCAUCACUAUGAAGUUUGAAUUCCACUCAAAAAAGAAAGGUUUUCUUCACCUGAAACAGGGACUACGAAACGUAGCGAUAAUGGCAUUUGACUGUGCUAUUUGUGAAAACUUGAAGAGUUUCGCUAAAAACAAGCCACCAAUGGUACUGUUUGUGAUAAGCCUAGGGACCUUUGCCGUGGUGCUGCUAACUCUAGCAUACAUAGUCAAAGUCAAAGAACUACCCAAUCCAGAUCUCACAAAGGAAUGGAACAACUUUUUUGAAAAUUUUGCUGAGGUAGAAUUCUGCGUGUUAGGAAAUCAAACAGAAGAAAUUAUUGCAACUACUACAGAACCUAAGUUGGUAGAUAAACUUUCCAAAUUACACCAGUCAGUUCUGAAAGGCCAUGUAAAAACCACUGUUGAACUAGAGAAAGGACAGAUUGUGAAUACAUCUAUAUCCAUGUUAAUUGAGGUCACCCCCUCUCAGAGUGAUAGUUUCUUCAACAUAUCAAACAAUGUCACCACACUGCUGGCAGCUGUCAAUGGCAGUGAACUCGGACUGAGAGGUUUAGCUUCCAAAAUGAGUAUGAACGUGUCCAUGAUGUUGCCCAUCAAAUGGAAUGAAGCAGUUUGUACAGAUAAAAACUGUCAGAAAAUCCAAAUUCUGACUUGCAUAAAUUUCCAGGGACCAGCUUCUUUUUUCCCUAGCCAACGACAUUUUGGAGGCUGUAGAAGUACUGUAAGUGUCACUGAGGGGGUGGGUGACUUCAGUUCAAGAAUGGUGGGGUAUCCCAGGAGUUACUCCGCAGAAAAUCUGUGUGCACAUUUACCUCGAGUCACAAUGAAGUACAAGCUAGAUCCCACCAUGAAUAUGUUGUUAACACUGGAGGACAGGUCCCUUAUCAACCUUCACUUGAUGCACACCACCUACUUUCUGUUUGUCAUGUUUGUGACAGUCAUCUGUUAUGCCCUGAUCAAAGGUCAUCCAUCCACACACAAAAGCAAGUCUGGCUCAUACUCAGAGGUACCAACCAAAGUUUGAAAUAAGACACAAAAGGUUCAGAUUUAGUGCAAUAUUACAUGAACAUUCUUGUCAUUCAAAAGUCAUCAUGUGUUAUGUGACUGCUUGGUUGCUCACUGGACACCAAUGUUGUGUGCCAUAUUUAUAUUUAUUCUUCACUGUGAUGGUUAAAGGCAAAAAUUGUGAUUCUCCUAAUGUGAUAAGAUGUUGUUGCUUGAAUCUCUCACCCUGGUAGUACCACUGUAUUUCAUGGUGUGGAUUAUGUUGGUCAUUCAUAUCAGCUAAUCUCAAGUCAACUUAAUAGUUUUAUCUAUACACUGCUAAAUGGUCAUUGCUUUACUCUAAUGCUGCAAUACUGCAGGGCAAAUCAAAUAUUUCUCUUUGUAAACUUCUAGUAUUGCUGUAUUGUAAUUCUGAUUUUGCAUCUUGCCAUUAGAAAAGACUUUAGCAAUUUUGAUACAUGUACUGUGAAUUGCCUCAUUAAUUUUAGUUUAUUUAAAUGUGAAACCAUAUACAUAUUUAUGCAGUCAAACCUCGUUAUCUCGAACUCGAUGGAACCAAGAAAAAACUUCGCAAUAUCUGAGAGUUCGAGAUAUCAAGGGUUAAAUUCUUCAGAAAUAUGUAGUUAGGACUUCCCAAUCACUUUGAGAUAUCCAUGGUAUUUGAGAUAUACUGUUCAACUGAAUUUUUGGAGUCAAAUAAAUGUGUAUCCAUAUCUAAAUACAUGUAUAUAUGUUUAUGCCCAUGCAGUAAAGAAAUCUAUCAAACAGAUUAGGAUAUAAUAAAGAGAAAUGGUUAUUGCCUAUUUUUGCCAUUGGACAGAACUGUUGAAAUUGAGCUAAGUGCAUGUAUGUUAAGCAAACUAUAAGGGUAGAAAGCAUAAUAUGAAAAGUUAUUCAUUGUUCUUUUAUUAAUACCCCUUGGUACUGAUUUCAUAGUGGGGACCAAUUUUAUUAGUUUAAGAAUGUGACACAUAUAAUAACAUUAUCUUUGAAGCUCUAUAAUUCUUCUUUCCCGAUGUUUAUUUUCAGUGAAAAUUUUAGCUCCAAUUGAUUGGAGAUUCAGUUUAGACAUCUAAGUAUAUUCAUCAUUUGUGGCAAUAUUUAUUAGCAGUUUACAUAUUCACAUGAUUAAAUACGUGCACAAAAGGGGGCUAUUUUCUUAUGGGAGUAUAUUUUUCUAAUUUUAGUUACAUACUGUUUGGGUUUGUUUUAGCAUUUUUAUUUCCUCAUUUACAUUUGUUUCUUCCUCAUCUUUAGUCCAAGAUAUUUAUCUAUGUAUAGUACACAAACUGGUAUGUGAGUAUGAAUGAAAUACUCUUAUUUGAGGAAGUUGAGCAAGACUUAUACAUAACUGGUGACAUAUGAUGUUCAAGGAAAAGUGUGUACUUUACAACAAUUGUAUAUACAAAUGUAUAUAUAUAAAAGAUUUACUUUUGCACGCAUAUGUUCAUAAUUUUUUCAUUAUAACUUACUUUUGAAUUUGAAUUUAUUUGAUACAGUCCUAUGCAUUCAAUUGCUAUAUUUUAUGAAAAUCAAUAUCUGAUGCAUUUUCAGUUUGUUUAUGUUAUAUGUAUUGAAAGUGCUUGGGUGUAACAGAUGGCAAUCUUGCCCAGAUCUCAAGUUUUAUAAAUAUGAUUUUUUUUUUAAUGAAACUUGUGUACAGAAGUAAUGCCAGCUUCAACUAAAAUGUUAAAUAAAUUAACUAAAUAUAAUGUGGUUUAGUUCCUAAGAAAUCAUUUCACAAUCUUUCCAUCCAUUGGGUGGGAGUUCAGGUAUUUCAUUAUGAAUCUGUAUGCCUGUCCAUCUAUAUUAAGUUAUUAAAUUGAAUUUUACUUCUGGUGAUUGGACAAAAAACAAAACCAUACAAGUAAGCAUUCCAGAUUUUAUGCCAUAUAUAUAUAUAUAUGUAUAAGAGUAUACAGUUCAUAAAUUCCUUCAUCAAAUGUUUGAUUUUAUUUACAAGUUAAAUUGAAAUGUACGACAAUAGUCAAUAUUCAUUAAGUUGCCAUUUUGAAGAAUAGACAUGCAUGUACUUUGCUGCAUUAAGGUUUCAAUAGGAUUUUCAAAAAAUUUUGUCCAUUUCAAUUUAAUAUUGAGAUGUGUAAUAAAUACAACUGAAUACCCAUAUGCAGCAAUACAUUCCACUGAACCAUACCAAUUUUAUUCUCUCUGCUGCUAAAGUUCUGCUUUAUUUUGAUUGAAGUACAUUUAUUAUUGAUUAAAUGUUAUCCACCUGUUGUCGUCAUGUUAUUUGUAUAUGUAUAUACUGUUACAGAGAUUUACCUCUUUCUAUUGUUGGUACAGUUGAUACUUCUACAGGUAUGAUAAAGCCUCACAAAAAC